AUGAGAAAUAAAACAAUUAAAUAUGGCUUCUUACCAAGACAAACGUUGGAUGCGCAUUUACCGCAUAUUUUUUAUUUACUUCGUUUUUAACGUUAAUCCUCUUGGGCAUGCGGCCACACAUUGGUUUUUGGAAAAUGGAAAAAUUACAUACGAGACUGACUCAUUGUACCGGCUAAACUCUCCUGGCGAUUUGUUGUUGUUUAUAUCACAAAGUAAGGCCACUGAUGAACUUCGCUCCUUGGAAAAGAAGUCUCAAGAAUUGUUAAAGAAACAAAAUUUAUUACGUUCUGUAGAAUCAGAACGUAUGGACAAGGAAAGGCUUGCAUUCUACUCUGAUCCAGAUUGCAGAGUAACGCAAAAGAAGUUAUCACAAUUUGAUUUGUAUUUAAGCUCGUUUCUGAGACUGGAAGCUAAAAACAUCAGAAUCGAAGAUUAUGUCGACUAUGUAACCGAACUUCCCUCUGAGUUGAAAGAACCUGUAUGCAAUUCUGAAUUUCUGUUCAGUAUGAGCAGUUACGACCAUUUAAAAGGAGUGGCUGAGAGGAAAAAACUUGUAAAUGCUUCAGAACAUGGUUUAGUUAACCCUAUUCCACAUGCUAAAAAUUUACCUGAAUUUGGUCAUAGAAUAUACACUGCUCUUUCACAGAAUACAACGUCUUGGAUAUUGUUAAAUUUAGCAGCGAUAUAUUGGAGAGUAGCAGGCUACUCUUACAAUGGAGUUGAAUGUCUUCGAAGAGCUUUGCACUAUUCCCCAAGGGAGCAUAAAGAUUUAGCCUUAGUGAAUCUAGCAAAUAUACUACACAGAUCUAAAUACUCUCUCGAUGCUGCCAUACUGAUGCAUGCAGCUCUGGAAAGCACAAGUGAUUACGAUAUUGUUUAUUUCACACUGGGUAACAUUUACGGAGCGUUGGGUCAGUUUGACUUGGCAGAUAUUUGUUACAAGUAUGUCUCCGAGUUACAACCAUCGUUCGAAGCAGCAAGAUUGCGUAUGCACGCAGCGAAAUGUGAAUAUAAAAUGGGCAGCCAAUUUGACGAACAGCAAAAAAUGCUUCAAGAAACAUUGGAAGGUUUGGAAGAACUUUCAGUGAAGCAGCAAUUAUUAGAAGAUCAACAAAAACAAUUAAUAGCUGAACGCUCCUCUCCACUACGAAAGUACAACAUCUACGUAGCUAUCCAACCGCCUGCUUAUGAACGGGGUAGUGAUUAUCAGGAUUAGGUGGAUUUAGUUUCGAUCUUUCUGGUAAAAUAAUCUAUUCGAAACAUUUUGGAAAUGGUAAACUAUGGUUUAUGGGAGAGAGGAUCGUCCGGUGGUUGUUAAAAAUUGCCCCGAGCCUUUAAUAUAAAAGAGUAUUAAAGUGCAGGGGAUGAUUGUAGAGUAGAAGCUAAUUGGAAAUGAUACCUGAAAUAAGAAGUUAAAAGUAGUUGUCAUUCAACGAGAUAUUGGGGGAUGAACAAGGAAAGUUGUCAAUACGCAUCACGAGACAUGUAUAUUACAGAUUUUACGAUUUUGGCGAAAAACCCGCGCAACGGUGAAAUUUUCUGACAUUAAAAUCUCUCCAAAUAAAGCACUCUGGAAUUUUGUGCGAUUGUGCGAGAUGUGUAUAAUUUUUAUUUUUUCCUGGAGAAUAUUCAGUACUAUAGUUUCAAGUUAAUUGCUGUAGUUGUUUUAAAUAAAUUUUAAUUCAUUGUUCAAUUUUUAUUUUUUGAAUGAAUUUUGUGAAGACUGUCAAGUGAAAGUUAAAGUUUUAUGAACAAAUCUCUGCCUGAACUCUCGAAAGUUCUUAUCUGUAGACAAACUGUUUUUGAUACUUAUUUUUUUAUAUACACAUGUUAUAUUCUUGUAUGUUCAUCUAUUUUCGUUAUAUACAUUAGUAUUUUUGUUAUGUACAUCUCUUGUUUGUUUUUUGUGUACUGUUUGAAAGAUAAGCUGGUAGCUCGAUUGUU